CAUCCAACUAUCCGGAAAAAUAAUAGGACGUAAGAAUUGGAGAGAUGCUUACAUAAUGGGAGACUUCAACUGCGAUGAUAUAAAGAAUAUAUGGAACUACAAUCCAGACAAGAUGUGCAAACACCAGAAGUCUCUUUCACCACCGUCACCCUGGACGUUCACUCGCAUUCCGAGUAAGAAAACGCUGGAUUACAUUUUUAGCCCGGAAUCUGCUCAAAGCGAUACACACGUCCCUGGAUCCCGGUAUUGUGAUGUCAUAAACCCGGAAUUAUGGGUUGAAAGGGACGAACUACUUAUUCCUGACAAGUUGUUCCCACUGCCGUACAGUUUCAUUAGUGAUUGGACCGAAGUUUCAGAUCACUUUCCUGUGUUUAUGAAGUUUGAAGAGCCAAGAAAUCCUCAAGGAGAUCUGCAAACCAAACGAUCAGAGCUUGGAGUGAAUCAGGUGUGGACACAAGCACCUACAACAUAGUUACUACUGCUAAAGAGCAAAAUGACGACAUAGACAUGGAAUUAACGACCUGACUUGCUGUUUGCGUGUUAUUAUAGAUAAUUGCAUAGCCACAGCCACAACUUCUGUCUCGGGAAACACAGAUACUUGAUAAUUGUUAUAGUAACGUUCCUGCUACGCGUUCUGGUGUAUUUAGUACACAAGUUACAGCAAUAUAUACUGUAGU